AUGAACCAAGAACAACUAACCCAUAUUUCAAAGGGAGUUUCAAAAACCCAUAUUGAAAAUAACGAUAAAAGUGUAAAAAAUAGUGUAAAAAAUAAUAAUAAUAAUAAUAAUAAUAACAACAACAACAGUGAAGAUAAUAAUGAAAAUAAAAGUGAUAUUAAAAAAUCAAAGUCACACAGCAAAGGGUCAUUAGAAACCGAUGUUAAUGAUACAUCAGAUUUCCCUUUUAAAGUAUCAAGUAGUGGUAGAAUUAUAUCACCAACACCACAAAAAUCAUCCUCCUCUUCGUCAUCCUCCUCUUCAUCAUCAUCAUCAUCAUCAUCAUCAUCAUCAUCAUCAUCAUCAUCAUCAUCAUCAUCAUCAUCAUCAUCAUCAUCAUCAUCAUCAUCAUCAUCAUCAUCGUCAUCGUCAUCAUCCACUUCAAAAAGUAGAGAUAAAAUUAGAGAAAAAGAUAAUGAAAAAGAUAGGGAUAGAGACAGGGAUAGAGAUAGAGAAAAAGAUAGUAGUAGUAAUAGUAGUAGCAGCAAUAGUAGUAGAAAUACAUCCGUACAAAAACCAAAUUUAAAUAUAAAACCUCCAUCUUAUAAUGAUCCUUUAGCAACUAUAUUUGGUGUACAAACAAGAAAUAAAGAUAAAGAAAGAAGUAGCAGAGAUAAAGACAAAGAUAAAGAUAAAGAAAGAAGUAGCAGAGAUAAAGAAAAGGAAAAAGAUAAAUAUAAAGAUAAAGAUAGAACUUCAAAUAGUAGUAGAGAAAAAGAUAAAGAUAAAAGUAGUAUUAGAGAUACUUCAAAUAAUAAUACAGAAAUUAAUAAUAAUAAUAAUAAUAGUGAAAUCGAAAAAGAAAAUAAUGAUAAAGAUACUAAAAAAGAAAAGGAACAACAAAGUAAUAAAGAAAAAGAAAAAUCAAUAACAAAUACAACAUCAAAUGAAAAAGUAAAAGGUAAAGAAGAAAAAGUAAAAGAUAAACAAAAAAUUAAAGAAGAAAAAGAAAGAGAAAAAGAAGAAAAGAAAAAAGAAAAAGAGAUUGAAAAAGAGAGUAAAUUAGAAAAAGAGAAAGAAAAAGAAAGAGAGAAAUUAGAAAAAGAGAAACAAAAAGAAAAAGAUAAAUUAGAGAAACAAGAAAAACAAGAAAAGAAAAGAAAAGAACGUGAAAAAGAAAAAACUAUUAAAUCUGAAAAGAAAUCAAAAUUAUCAACGGAUCCAACAACAACAACAACAACAUCAUCAUCAUCAUCAUUAUCAAGUGGAAAUUUAUUAACAGCAUCAUUAGAUGAUAUAAUAUCAGCAAAUUUAAAUGAAGCACCAAUACCACCAUUACCAAUAACACCAAAAAGAAAAGGUGCACCUAAAAAAGACCCAUCUGAAAAGAAAAUACCAACUUUUAAAAAAGAUAAAUUAAAUCCAAAAAAAGAAGAUUUUGAAUCAUUUCUUUCUAAAAAUGCAAGUUCUUCAUUUUUAAAUGAAUUUGAAUCACAAGUUGAUAUUGAGAUGAAGAAAUUACAAGGAGAUGGAGGAUCAACAGCAACAACAACAUAUGAUGAUAUGAAAAAUAUUCAAAAUCAAAUUCUUUCAAAUGAUUUAUUAUAUAGAUAUUUACAACAAAAUGGUCAAAAUUUAGGACCUGAUACACCGCAAUUACAUUCACCAUCAUUAUUUUCAAGUUCAUUAUCAGGUUUUAGUGGAUUUAGUAGUAUUAGUAAUGUUAAAGAUAAUAAUAAUAAUAAUAAUGAAGAUUUAAAUUUAAAAAGACCAAAAAUUAUAAAAAGUGAUCAUCCAAAGAAUAAAUUUAUAAAGACAUCAAAGAAAUUACAAAAAUUACAAAAUCGUUAUAUUAGAUAUCAUCAAGCUGAUUUGAAUUUACGUGGUAAGUGGACUAUUCACGAUGACUAUAUUUUAUUGGAAAAUGUUCAAUUUUCAGAAUCAUUUGAACAAUUAUCAUCAAAUUGUAAAGAAUUCUCAAACCAGUAUACACCAGAUGAGAUUGAACAACGUUGGAGUUCAAUGUUAUAUGAUACCGAUACUGCUGAUGAAUCGUCUGGGUUAAUGGCAUUGAACCAUUUUAAAGCACCUUCACCACCUUUAUCAAAUGUCGAGUUUCAAAUACUAAUAAAUUCACCAAUCAAUUUAAGUAGAGCAAAUUUCAUUCAAUUACUUCAAGAUAAUAGAACUUUAUUUCAUCAAAGUAGAACUUCAAAAUAUCUUCAAUCAUCUUAUCGUACUCUAUUAUUAACUCAAGAUAUUAAUAAAAUUCCAAAUUAUAAAAAUCAUAUAAUUAAUCAAAAAUUAAAAAUUCAUCAAUUAAAAUUAAUUGAAAAAGAUAAAAAUCAAGAUAAAAAUCAAAAUCAACCAAUAGUUGAAACUACAACAACUGUAUCUCAAUCACAAAAUUUAAUUGAUAAUAAUAAUAAUAAUAAUAAUAAUAAUAAUAAUAAUAAUAAUAAUAAUAAUAAUAAUAAUAAUAAUAAUUUACAAACAUUUAGAGAUAUUACUUCAAUGAUUAUAGAUCAACCAAUUAUUGGAACUACAACUACUGUAUCUCAAACUAAUGAUAUAAAUAAUAAUAAUAAUAAUAAUAAUAAUAAUAAUAAUAAUAAUAAUAAUAAUAAUAAUAAUAAUAAUAAUAAUAAUAAUAAUAAUAAUAAUAAUAAUAAUAAUAAUAAUAAUAAUAAUAAUAAUAAUAAUAAUAAUAAAAAUGAAGAAGAUAAAAAAGAAAAAGAAAAGGAAAGAAAAAAGAAACAAAAUGAAAAUUUAAUUCAAUUUUUAUUUCAUGAAAGAGAUACUCAAUUACCAUCACAAACAGAUUCAAAUUGUUAUCCUUGGGAUCAUUUAUUAACAACUAAUGUACCAACUAUUACAGAUUUAGAGAGUGAUUUAAUUUUAAAUCCAUUCUCUGGUAUUCCAAAUUAUUUAUUAUCUGAAAAAGAAGAAAAAAGAGAUAUGAAAAAUAUGGUUAUAGUUGAAAGAGAAUAUGAAAUGGAUAGAGAUAAAGAUUUUAAAGCACUUGCAAUUGUUAGAGGUAAAAAUAUUAGGUAUCUUAUGAAAUCAAGAGAUAUUAUUGUUGGUCGUGAUUUCUCAAAUAUGAACCAAAUUGACCUUGAUUUAAAUGAAGAAAAUCCAAACCAUGUUAAUAAGAUUUCGAAGAAACAAUUGAUUAUUAAAUUAAAAUCAGAUGCAAAUUUUUAUAUUGAAAAUAUAGGAAAAAAUACAGUUUUUGUAAAUGGUUGUCCUCUUCCUCAAUAUGAGAAAAUUCAUUUAGAGGAUUUAUCUCUAAUCGAGUUUUCAGAUAUAGCAUUAAUUUUUGAAAUUAAUAAAAGUUUUUUAGUAAAAAUAAAAAGAAUUUUAUCAAAGCCAUCAAAUGUACCAACUUCAACUUCUGCUUCACUCUCAAAUACUCCAUUCUUAAAUGCACUCUGUGGUGUUGGAAAUCCAAAUUUACUCUUAAAUAAUAAUUUUAAUAAAAAUAUUAUAAAUAAUCAAAAUAACCAAAUUAAUAAUAAUAAUAUUAAUAAUAAUAAUAAUAAUAAUAUUAAUUAUAAUAAUAAUAGUGGGAAUUUAUCCUUAACAUCACAAGAGAUUAAUGAUUUCAAUUUAUUAUCACCUCAAUAA